UGAGUCAGUCCCGGAAGCCAUGAUUUUAUUGGCAAGUCUGGCCUCAUCUUGGCUGGGCUAUAUCAAUCUUACGGCACUUGUUAUGGGGAUCGAUCUGGUUACAGCGUGGUAGAUGGGUGAUGGCGGAUGGGGCUUUGCACGUCGGCGACUUAAAGGACAGCUGACGGUCACCAGUAGCAACAGAGGCCAUGUUGAAGUGGAGGUUUAAGAGUAUGAAGGGAGGACUGAGGAAACCGAGGUCAAGCCUCCGCAACCGCGGAAUGACCGUCGACCAGGCGCGAGCGGCAGGGAAGGUAAAAAAGCGAGUACGAUGGCGGCUUGAACCAGAAGUAGCGAGCGAUCCCGAUACGCUGUCCGGCGACGACAUGGACGCGGAACCGGACUCGGACCAUGAGGAGGAUCUGGAUAAGAUGUUCACAGAUUGGCUGGGUGAGCUGGAGAAAAUGACCAAGACAUUAGAUGUGCCCGCGUCCAUGGAGGCUAAACCCAAGUCCCCUCCCCCUCCCGCUCCCCCCAAACCCAAGCACAUGGACAACUGGAGAUUCUCAACCAUCAACCUGGAAACUACUGGUGACUCUGAACUUGAUGCCUUACUUGGGGACCUGUGUGCUAUACAGCAAGACCUCAGCGACACUAUGGGGACGCAACCUGCUACUCCACCCAAACCUCCAGCAAAGGUGGUACAACAACAACAACAACAACAGCAAGUUAGCACUACUACUAUCACACAAGUACAACAGACUGUAGUCACCAACGAAGUAAAGACAGCUGUUGCAAACGGGAGCGUAACAGACAGACUUGAAGGGGUGAGUGUAGGGGAGCCUGCCAGGAUACCACAACUGCCAGCUGCUCAAAGUGCUCUUCCAACCCAACAGAGAAUUGAACCACCGCAGGUACAGGUACAGCAAAGGACAGAAAGCGAAGUGAGCGAUCCGGACGCAAAGCUGGAUGAUUUGUUGUCGCAGCUCGAGGUUGGAGUGACGCAGGAGGGUGGCGGACCGGUGACGAGACCGCCACGCCCACCGCAGAAGGCGCUGAGUAUCAGGAGCGAAGAUUCCGCCUUCACUGAGGAGGAGGAUAGCACUUUGAAGACGGGGCCUCUCAGUCCUUUGUCUGGGAGCGUGAAGCAUCGUUUGGACAGCUUGAAGGACGAACUGGACACGGUUGAACAGCUUACCGAGCUGAAAUUGAUGGACAGGGAAGCCUCGAAAAUCAUCCACUCCAUAGAGUGCCGCCCUCCUGCCACUCUGACAGAGUCAUCGCAUAUCGCUAACACCACUAAGCACCCAACAUUUGUUGCUGAACAGAAAGCGGAGAAAGUUAAGGCGGAGAAAAUCCGGAUAGCGCUGGAGAAAAUUAAGGAGGCAAGCGUGCAGAAGCUUGUAGUGAAAGUCUUCAUGGAUGACGGGAACUCCAAGACCCUGCUGGUCGAUGAGACCAUGAAGUGUUAUCAUGUCAUCGUCCAGUUGGUGGACAAGAACCACUGCGACCCUGGUCCAGACUGGACGCUGGUGGAACAGAUACCAGAUCUCUACAUGGAGCGUGUACUUGAGGACCAUGAGCCCCUGGUGCAGGUGCUGCUGAACUGGACCCGAGACACCAACAACAAACUCCUGUUCCUGGAGAGGCGGGACAAGUACCUGUUCUUCAGGGAGCCACAGUUCUUCCUUAUUGAUGAGACGGAGUCCGAGGCUUCCGUAGAGCUGGCCCAGCAGGGAAAAGAUCAGCUUCUAGAGGAGUUUCUUGCCUCUGGUAAGGGCAUCCCAGAACUGGAAGGAAUCAUGUAUUUGAAGUCUGAUGGGAAGAAGUCGUGGAAGAAGUACUACUUCAUGCUGAGAGCCUCAGGACUGUACUACAACCCCAAGGGCAAAACUAAGUCGUCUCGAGACCUAUCUUGCCUUGUGCAGUUUGACCAUGUCAAUGUCUACUAUGGCCUCAACUUCAAGAAGAAGUACAAGGCACCAACUGAAUUCUGCUUUGCACUGAAGCACCCUCAGAUCCAGGCCAAGUCGAAGUACAUCAAAUACUUCUGCUGUGAAGAGGACAGGGACAUGUGGCACUGGGUCAUGGGCAUCAGGAUGGCCAAGUACGGAGACCAGUUGUACCAGAACUACCAAGAAAUGCAGCAGGACAUUUCGAGAGCGUUGCCGCCGAGCGGCACCACGGCCACCAUCCAGCGCUCUGCGACCAACGACUCUGCCAUGGGCUCCAGCAUCAGUCUGCAGUCCACCGGCAGCUCCAGCAGCAGUGUCAGCAGCUCCACUCUGUCUUCCCAAGGUUUUGCAGGAGAGCAGAAGACGGGGAGGCGGAGUGUUGGGGAUGCCUUCUCAGAGGCAUGGAAGAAAGGAGAAACCAAACAUGCCAUCCAGGCCAAGUCGGAGCCGAUGUCGCCCACGUCCCCUGGCGGGAGGUCAGCGACCUUGUCCAUCUCCAGCACGGGCAGCUGGGGCGAGCACCAGCGCUUAAGCCUGCCUCCAAGGGAUUCUGGGAGGAAAACUAGCGGGGACAGACAGCCACGCCCACAUUCUACCAAAGAACAGGCGGUCACAUUGAUGAAAGAACUGGAACAAGUCAGGUCGGUUGGGCCCAGCCACUCUGUCCCAGUUCAGAGACCACCCAUCCCACCACCCUUCCAUCUACAACAACAACAACAACAACAACAACAGGACCCCCAGGAGGUGUAUGAAGUCAUGGCGCCCCAGGUGUACGAACCCAUGGUCAAGCAGUCGUCCCCGUCAGCUAAACCCAAGGCAUAUGUACCCCAGGGUGGAACAGCCACUCCCAUGUUGCAUGCCGCCGUUCCCGGAGCUGGACGACCUCCCUCCUUGGGUGUUCCAUCAGCCGGCACUCCCCCCUCCCCUGCGGCGACCGUACAGCCACAGAGGGCAAUCAUCAAUACGGCAAUCAUACAGCAGAGAAACUCCUUGAGAAAGAGCGACGGAUUCCAAGAUCUUCCACCUCCCCCGCCGCCUCCGAAAGAGGGCGCUCCUCAUCCACCCAUUGUUCAGGUCAGCGUGCAGAGAACCCCCAGUCUGCCAUCACAGCGAUCCCAGCCUCCGCUAGCACCGAAGCACGCUGGUUCCCUUCCCAUGGGCAUCGUACCUCCCCAGGCACAGCCGCCUCCUGUCGCAGCCAAGCCGGCGGCGGGGAUGGCGAAAACAAAGCUACCUCCGCCACCACCACCUAAAAGAAGUCAAGACACAAAACUGACCGCCGAACAACAACAACAACAACAGCAACAACAAUAUCAGCAACAACAACAACAAUAUCAGCAGCAACAGCAGCAACAACCUCAGGCCGCAGGUAGGAAAACUCCAGCCCUCUCCCUGAUAGCUGAUCUGAGGAAGACUCUGGAGAAACAACAGCAGAAGAUUGCAGAUGCCGAAUCACAGCAACAACAACAACAAGCACUGACUCCAAAAACCCCUGACCUUCCUCCACCUCCUCCAGAGUUCUUAGAAGGGCUCCCGAGUAACAAGCCUUCAAUUAAGAAGAAGCCACCACCACCUCCUAAGAGAAGUGAACAGACUUAUCUGUCUGGGAACAAGUAAUGCGCUAAUCACCCCUCUUUUGGAAUGGUUUCAGCCACCCGUACAUCAUUUAGAAGCCUUUAUCAGACUGCUACAUUUAUGCAGGGGCGAGGAUGUAUUGUUAUUCAUCCAUUGGCAUUGCUUGUAAGUUUGCUGACAUGUUGUUUGUUAUCUCAAUUCAUAAGGCAACACGUGUUAACUCUAAAGAGACAUCAUGAUCAAGAGGGGCACAAUAAAAAUCCAAGUCAUGACUGUGAUUUGGCACUUACGUACUCUUGUCAAACGUUUAGAUAAUUUAUUCAAACAUUUAGACAUGUCGUUUAAUUAGCACUGAGAAUGGUUUUAAGAUUUGUGAUACAUUUUCCUCCAUAAGGUCACUAAUUAUGCCUAUGAAAUUUAUAGUGCCAUCCUCAAAACAUUCAAAUUUAACCAGAAGAGACCACAAGUUUGUGUCAGCAAGUAAUUCUUCCAAACGUGGCAACAAACAGGGCAAACAAAUUUGUACCUUUUUGGUAUGCUGUAGUUUUUGUUGUUAACUGCAAUUCUUGUAAGUACAGUACUGUGAAUUCAUGAAUAGAAAGAUGGGUGAGGAUUUGUAUUCAGAAAUAAACUGAGAAAACAGUGUGUAAAUAGCUAAGGUGUUUGAGACAAUUUUCCAAGAAAUGGACAAUUUUUUCCAAAGUAUGAAGUAGCAGUGGUACUGGUAAAGUAUGUAUAUCUUUACCAAAAGCUCAGCCUAAGAAAGAGCAAAAGUGAUAGAUAAUGAUGAACUUUCAUUAAAUAUUAUAUACUAUGAAUUCUUGAGGUGACUGCAAAUAGUAAAGACAUUGGGCGUUCCACAUGUGCUUAUUGAUGACAAGAAUUUGGAGAAGCAGUAGAUAUUUGUAAGUCUCAUUCUAAUGAAGAAAAACUUGGGGUAAACUUUAAGGUAAAACGUGUUAUUGAACAAUUGACCGAUUUCCAUAUUUUUGUAUUGUUUUGAGGAAAUUUUAUGAGACAAUUGUACAUAAGAAAUUGUAGAGAAUGGGAUUUUGAAUGUAAGUGUUGAAAUCAUAUUGAUUGAAAGUAUGGUAGCACUUAGGUGAAAGUGGCUGGUGUUUGUAAGAGGAUAUAUAUUGUAAUUGGCAGAGGGACAGAACCUAAAGGUAAUUCUGGUGUUUUCAGCCAAUGAAAAUGGACUUUGUUAGAUAGGUACCUAUUUUACAUGUGGUACAAGUAUUUGUUUGGUAAUGUCGGAGUUGGAAGUUAAACUAUGUCAGAGUGACUAACUAUUGGUCAUGUAAGGAAUGUAACGAAGGAAAUGUUGUCAAACCAACCAUGACAAAUAUGACAGUUUGAAUGCAACAAUUUUUUUUCAUAUUACACAGUUUGUAUUUUUGAUUACCCAAAACUGUCUGUAAUGAUUAUUACAAGCCACAGGUUUGCAGUAUCUAUAACUAUCAGAUGGUUUUGUUUUCACUCCAGGCUUGCCACUGUACUCAUGAUUUGUAUAUAUACUAUUUUCCAAUACGUAAAUUGUUGCCUAUAUGAAUUUGACCAAUUAAGAAUGUGUUGGACAUGUUACUUAAAUGUUUUUUUUUCUUCUUCAUACUAUUAAUGACCUACAAGUUGGAGACAACCAAUUCAACAUCAAUAUGUCUAGGUGAUGUUACCAUUUCAUUUUAUCAACUAACCAAGUUGUUACACAAUGUCAAAUGUCUUGGUACAAGUUGUCCAAAUAAGACCCCUGUUACAUUUACCAUAGCUAUCUUUAAAGUACUCUGUAUUAAUCUUACCAGUGAAGACAUCUUUGAUAAUUUACAUAACGAUGAUUUGAAAUGCCGCAGUCCCCAAAAACACAUUUGUUUCUUACACCGAAAUUUGCAGUGCAUAUUUUUCAUGUAGAUAGUUGUUGGGAACAACGGUUUUUAUUACAACCAUACACAAGCUUAAAGUACUGAUUUAGUGUUCCUGUCAUCUGUUUUUGUCCCAUAAUUUGCUGACAAUCACUCCUUAUUUAUCACAAUGAAAAAGCUAACAACUGAAAGAUUUGGUGGCUGUCAAAUCUACAUAAUUUUGUAGAAGUCAUAAACUUUUUGAAAGUCUCUUUUAGAUGAGAGAAAGGAGAAAUCUGAAUCAGAAGUUUCAAUAAAGUGAUUUUAGAUCAUGCUCUGCAAACAA